GGGGGGCUGCGACGGCCGCGUUCUGCUCCUAUCCCCCACCUGGAGCGGGCCGGCCGAUGGAAGUAUCCCGGCGUGCCCGGGGAGGGUUACCGCUGAGCUCUUAAUCCGCUCCAGCCGCUAAGCACCUUAGCGGGCUGCGCCCUCCCGCUGCCCCCGCGGCCGAGCCCCCGGGGCAAGCGGGCCGGGAGCGGCGCCGGCAGCGGGGCCCCUUCCCCCUGCCCGGGCAAGUUGGGGUGGCGCCGGAACGGCGGUGUGUCAGCAGCACAGGGUCCCACCGACUGGGGCUGUAGGUGCUCCCAGCGACCCCGUGGGACAGCUUACGUCAUGGUCGACUACUACGAAGCGCUGGGGGUGAGCCGCAAUGCCACCGCUGAGGACAUCAAGAAGGCGUACAGGAAGGCUGCGCUGAAAUGGCACCCAGAUAAAAACCCAGACAACAAGGAGUACGCUGAGCAGAGGUUCAAGGAGAUCGCCGAGGCAUACGAAGUGCUGUCGGACAAGCAGAAGCGCGAUGUCUACGACCGCUAUGGCAAGGAUGGACUCAUGGGAGCAGCAGGACCAGGGGGCUCUAGGGCCAGUGCUGGGGCCCCUGAAUUCACCUUCACCUUCCGCAGCGCUCACGAUGUCUUCCGGGAGUUCUUUGGUGGACGAGACCCCUUUGCUGAAUUCUUUGACGACAUGCUGCCCUUCUCUGAGCUGCGAGGACCUGGCCAUCGGCACCAUGGGGGAGGCCACUUCUUUUCCCCCUUCCCAGGAUCCUCAGAUUUCUUCGCCUCAUCCUUCAGCUCUGGUGCAGAUGCAGGCAUGGGCUUCCGCUCUGUUUCCACCUCCACUACCUUUGUUAACGGCAGGCGUAUCACCACCAAGAGGAUUAUUGAGAACGGGCGGGAGCGGGUGGAAGUGGAGGAGGAUGGGGAGCUGAAGUCGAUCCACAUUGAUGGUGUUCCUGAUGACAUGGCUCUGGGGCUGGAGCUGAGCCGGCGGGAGCAGCAAGCCUUCCCCAGGCCACGGCCCCCCUCACCGCCAGCACCGGCCCCGCAUCACACCUCGAGCUCCUCACCUGUCUGCCUCUACACGGAUAGCGAGGAUGAGGAUGAGGACUUGCAGCUGGCCAUGGCCUACAGCCUCUCUGAGAUGGAAGCUGCGGGGCACCACCAAGCAGGUGGGCACAGCCCCGGCUCCCUGUCACCACCGGGGGGCAGCCACAGCAGCCCCUCCUCCACCCGCAGAUCCCGUGGUGCCCGGGGGAGGCUGGAGCAGGAGCCACAGGGGGCCAGCAGUUCUGCUACAGUGGGGCACGAACCUGCCCCCAAAGUGAAGCUGUGGCACUGCCCCCUGCUCUGAGCGUGGAGCAGGGAGAGGAAAGCAGGUGUGGAGUCCCACUGCUUGGAACUCAGCUCCUGCCUCCCCUAGCAAGGGAGGGGGUCUCUUCUGCCCUUCCUCCUUGCUCAGGUGAGUGGAUGGCUAGUGGCAUCCAGUGUUGGAGGCUCCCAGAUUUGGAGGUAGUGGCUUGAAGAGGAGCCUCUUUGAUGGGGUCCCAGGAAGAGGGGCAGCUCCCUGACCUGGCUUCUGGAAGCAUGGGGAGCCCAUGGGCAGGCAUGCUCUGGCUGUGCCUGCCCCUCUCUCCCUGCCAGCCCUGCAGGCUGGCAGGGUCUCCAGCAGGUGCCUCCCUGGCUGCGGCCUUCCCCUGCCCAGGGUGUGGGGAGUGCUGAGUUGAGCUCCCCUCCUUGUGAGGAGGGCUGCGCACAUAGCCUGUGCUUGGUGCCUUGUGUCUUGUCUCUUCCCUCUGGAUGCUGUUCCUGCCUGUACUCCCUCCUCCUGUCUCCUUGCAGACUCUGCCUGGUCACUCCCUUUCGUAUGCCUUGCACACCCUCCAGGACACUGUCCCUCCUUGCUUCCCACAGCAGCAGCAGUGACCCUCUGUGAUGUUCACAAGUGUUUCUAUCCUCUCCGGUGCCUGUAGUUCUGCCUUGGCUAUCUUCCUCUUCUGCCUGAGUCCUUCCUCCCUCCAUCCCUGCCUCUCCCCAGCCGUUGGCCGAGGAGGAUUUCACAGGUGCUGUUGUGUACCCCCCUCCGCUUGUCUCCCCAGGUGUGUUCUGAGGCUGCUGCGCCCGGGGACCGCGCACGCCCACUCGCCCACGGAGGCUCUCCCAACCAGGACUCCGCUUUCUCCCUGCACGGCCACCCCCUGCCACCCCCUUCCCCCAGCACCCUCUGGCUCCGUGGGAUGCGGUGAGGGGGGGCAUGACAGGACUUGCGGCCAAGCAAUACCUGGGGCUGUGGGGAGAGGCCCUGGGCACCACAGCGUGGUGGAGAGGGUGGGGAUGGGGGUUGCUGUAGAUUAGGCUGCUGGGGGGGUGCUGGCUGUACACAGCGAGGGGCAGCAUGGCUGGGCUCAGCCAGCAGGGCUGGGCUCUGCCCUCCUCCUCGCUCUAGCCCCCCCUCUCUGACCACCUUCUGCUAACAGCUGUCAAUAAACCUGUUUGCAGUA